CUAGUCGUGUCCAUUUUUGCUGGCCGCGCUGCUUCUCCGAGUCUCCCUCUCCCCGUCUCUCCUGUUCCUGAGCUCACGCAGUCACGCGUGCGGCCUUGUUCACCGCACCAAAACCCUGUCCCUCUGCUGAUUUCCGUUUCCGCACUCGCAGAAGAGUCGCGGUCACAGACUCACAGUCGGAGAGCCGGUCUCCUCGCCCCCUCCGCCUCCCCGAGCCGACCCCUUCCCCCAAACCCUCGGCCUCGGCGGGCGGGCACCCAUGGACGCGGCGUCGAUGCUGGAGGUGUACCGCCGCGACCGGCGCAGGCUGCUCGGCUUCCUCCUCUCCGCCGGCGGCUUGGGCGGCCGCGCGCUCGACCUCUCCCGCGUCGACCUCGACGCCGUCAGCGCCGACUACGCGCUCGAGUGCGUCGCCGCCGGCGCGCAGUUUGAUGCUUCGGAGGCCACGAGGAGGUACUUCGACGAGAGGAGGUACCCGAUCAUGAUUGGUUCGCCAUCAGGGAACUCUUAUUUUCUUCUUUCGGGACCACAACUAUCUGAUUCCCCUCCAAAGGAAGCAGCACCUAGCAUUGGGCCCCAAGCACCACCUCCACGGGAGAACUCAACUUCAGCAGGACAAUCAAGAGAUUUUUUCAGAGAUGCUAUUAAUACCUCAGGAACAGGCUAUGUCACGAAAGAUGAUAAUUUGGCAGAUAUUCCUCCUCAGCAAGUAAAGAAAGUGGAUAUUCUUUCCCUAGGUUUGCCUAGGUUAAGCACAGAACUGUCUGAUGAUGAUAUAAGAGAAACAGCUUAUGAAGUGCUUCUCGCUUCUCUAUUUGUCAGUGGAAAAGUACACUUCUCUGAAGAGAAAAGGGAAAAGAAGCGCAAAUUCUUAAAGGGUCUAAGAACAAAGACAGAAGGAUCAAAUUCAUCACCUCAGGUGGAAGAUGGCUAUGCCCACAUUCUUGAUUUGAUCCGAGUACAAAUGGAGAUUUCAGAAUCUAUGGACGCAUUGACUAAACGAGCUUUAAGACAUAUUAAUUUGAAGAUGGUGAAAGGACAGCUUGAUGUGCCUUGUAUAUCAUUACAGCUCUUAAGUUCUGUUGGCAAACUUGAUUUUCCAACCGAAAGACUGCGUGUGCAAUGGCAAAAAAGACAGGCAAAUGUUCUUGAAGAAUUACUUCUAUUCUCAACAUCCCUUGAGUAUGAUAUGAGUGAAACAUUGCGGAUAGUUCUCUCUAAGCUAAAAGAUACGGAGGAUUGGGUUGUGAGUGUUCCUGAGGGCCGCGUUGAGGUCUUGACUAUCAUUGGAAGAUACAACGCAAAACUUUCUGCUCUGACCAAGAAGUUUGACCUGAAAGAUGAGACCUACCAUUGGACUCAUAACUAUCAUCUUAAUUUUAGGCUAUAUGAGAAAUUACUUUGCAGUGUGUUUGAUAUUCUUGAAGAUGGACAACUCGUAGAGGAGGCUGAUGAAAUACUGGAAACAGCAAAGCUGACCUGGCCUAUACUGGGCAUUACUGAGAAGUUGCACGGCAUCUUCUAUGCUUGGGUGCUUUUCCAGAAGUUUGCUCAAACUGGGGAGAUUCUUCUACUGAAACAUGCAAGCCUUCAGAUACAGAAAUUUUUAUUGCAUCACGAUAUUGAAGAAGCAGAGUUGUAUACAAACAGCUUUGUUUGUUCUGAGGAUGCCUGUGGUGGUGACAGGGCUCUAAGUUUGGUUGACAGUGCUCUUCUUAAAAUAAAUGUCUGGUGCCGCAGACAGCUAGAGAAUUAUCACGCACACUUUAGUAAGAAAAACUACUCGAUCUUUGAGGAUACACUGAACUUGGCAUUACUUUUGGUGAAAACCCACAUUGAGGAUGGCUGUGAAGAAGACAUCAUGCUCAUUGAGAGCCCAGAAGGGAGUACACCAGAAUCAAAGUUGGUCCAUUUACUCGUUGUCAGAUCCAUUCAUGCUGCAUAUAAGCAAGCCCUAAUUUCAUCAGAUGGCCGAUCAGAAAUGGAAUUUAAACAUCCAUUGACAAUUCUCGCAAAUGAGCUAAAGUUGGUGGCAGAGAAAGAGUGCACUGUGUUCAGUCCAAUACUUACCAAGUGCUAUCCUGAAGCUCAAGGAGUAGCUCUAAUUUUCUUGCACAUGCUGUAUGGAAAACAAUUGGAGCUGUUCUUGGAAAGGACGGAUCAUUUGGAAAACUCAAAAGAGAUACUGGCAGCAUCGAAUAAUUUUGAGCUCUGUAUAGCUCAGAAGCUUUACUCAGUGUAUGGGGAAGCAGGGUCUUCAUUCUCCAACUAUUUAAAGCCAUACAUGAUAGGUCGCUUGUCAUCACCUCUUAUUCUCCAAUGGCUGCAUGCUCAACAUGAGAAUGUCUUGGAGUGGACAAAACGUACUAUUGGGAUAGAGGACUGGAUGCCUUUAUCAGCUCACGAGAAACAAGCGACAUCAGUGGUCGAAGUAUUCCGGAUUGUGGAGGAGACUGUUGAUCAGUUCUUUAGUGCGAGUCUACCUCUGGAUAUUGUCCACUUGCGAAGUCUACUUAUAGGAAUCACUAGCAGUCUGCAAGUGUAUUUGCUUCACAUGGAAAAUCAACAAGUUUCUGGAUCUACCCUACUUCCUAGUGCUCCAGUCUUGACACGUUAUUCAGAAUCAAUGAACCCAUUUGCAAAAAGAAAACUUAUUGAACCUACAGUUCCUGAAGAAAAGGUGACUACUAAAUUGAACAAUUUGACGGUGCCUAAAUUAUGUGUGAAGCUCAACACCCUUCAAUUUAUCAGGGACCAGCUUGAUGUUAUAGAAGAAGGCAUCAAACAAUCCUGGACCUCUGUCUUGUCAGCUGUCAAAUUGUUGGACUACUUGGCUUGUAUUGCUAGUGGAAGAGCUAUUUCAGAAAACUUGUCAUCAUCUGAUGAAUCGGUUGAUGAGUUGUUUACAUUAUUUGAUGAUGUGCGAAUGGCUGCUGUGAACACAACUGACACGAUCUUGGACUUCAUUGGAACAAGGUCUGUUUUCUGGGAUAUGCGGGACUCGCUUCUUUUCUCUUUGUACCGAGAUAGCGUUGAAGGAGCAUGCAUGCAGAUAUUUAUCCCUAAAAUUGAUCAAGUUCUUGGUCAAGUAUGUGAUUUGAUUGUUGAUGUGUUAAGAGACCAAGUUGUGCUCAGAAUAUUUCAAGCGUGCAUGGAAGGAUUCAUUUGGGUUGUACUGGAUGGAGGCCCAUCCCGUGCAUUUUUGGAGGCAGAUGUGGACUUGAUGCAACAAGAUCUUGCUAUGCUCAAGGAUCUCUUUAUAGCAGAAGGCCAAGGUUUACCACUAGAUGUAGUUGAAAGGGAGGCUAAACAAGCUCAGCAGAUAUUGGACCUAUAUAUGCUAAAGGCUGAUACAGUUAUUGAAAUGCUGAUAAAUGCAAGUGGCCAAAUGUCUCAACAUCUUGAAGUUACAAGUGCUCGAAGAAGACAUGCACAUGAUGCCCACACCCUUCUUCGAGUUUUGUGUCAUAAGAAGGAUAAAAUUGCCUCUACAUUCUUGAGAAUUCAAUACCAUCUUCCAAGGUCUUCAGAUUAUGAUGAUGUUCCUGUGAAGGAUGUGUCCUCAAAAGUACCUAUCUUUUCAGACAUGCUGAAAAGAGGUACCUCAUUCAAUUGGUCAGAGACAGGGCAGCAAAGCUUUAUGGUUCUGAAGAAGAAACUGCAAGAAGCUACUUGGCAGUAAGAUAUGUCUUGCUGAGAAAAAAUCUGCUUGGUUUGCAGAUUGUCCCUUCUAUACACGACAGCAGUGAGCUUUACGAUCAAAGGAACUCUGCACUUUCGAGAUAAGGCAUUGUUUUAAAAGAUAUGGGCUGCACCUCUGUUAUGCUAACUGCAACUGCAAAACAUUGAAGGCUGCAUAUUGAGUAUGGUUUUCAGAAGGGCCAACACGGUGCUCAUUCUAAUUGUUACAAAAGUAACUUCACAAACAACCCCGGCCCUCAUAGAAUUCAUGGAACUGUACCUGCAGAGUUGCGUAUGAAGGCAUCUGCUACAAAGCAACAUCCGUACGCAUGAUUGCUGUUGCACAGCCCUUACCUCACAUGACGACAAUGUGACAUUGACAGAAGAUGGGUAAUUAGCAAGAAGGUUCAAUUGGCAACUUCAAGGGUUUACUGCAAUGGAGUUGUACCAGAGACUGUCAUUGUACCCUUCAAGAGCUAAAAGUUUGCCCCUGGCAAAAAUUAACGAAGCAUCGCGGAGGGGUAUUUCUUCCGAGAGGAGCCUGCAGGUGCCGAGCGUGAUCGGCAUUAUUUAUUCAGAAAUGGUUAGGUUGGCAAUGUUGCUCCUGCCGGAAGCAGGAUACAAAUUGUAGUGCACUGAAACUGUUUUAUACCUGAAGGCGUCGCAUUUGGAUUUCAUCGUGGCUUCUAGGUCUCCUGGGCGGAUGCUCUCGCUUCUCGGCACCAGGUUGACGCGUGGAAGAUGGGUUUUGCAACGUGAAGUCGGAGCUGCUGCAUCGGGGGCGUGGCUUGGCAACUAUGACACGUGGCGUCCCUCCCCCCUCCGCCGUAGUCUGGGACUCUGCUGGGUCUACAUCUACCGGGGGCGAGGUGUGGGUUUGCUGGGGUCUCCAUCUGACGGGGGUGAGGUGUGGGUUCAUGACUGGAAGUCGGAGCUGCUCUUCAUUCGAGCUCGGCAGAUAACCGGCUAUGGCCGCUGCUCUUCAUUCGAGCUCGGCAGAUAACCGGCUAUGGCCGCUUGGUUCGGAUCCAUCACGCCUGCCAUGGGAAGUUGGAGCUGCUGGCGGCUUUGCUUCCACGCUUAGCAACGAUGACCUAUGGCAGUGUCGUGUCUUUGCUUAACCACAUCGCGUGGGUUGAUUUGCCCCUCGAAAGUCUUUUGACUUCUGUUUGGGCUAGCUUUCUUUGGCUAACCUUUCUUGUAAAUGAUUUCUUUUGUCUUUUUUUCAUCUUAAUUGAGCGGCGGAGUUCCUACCUUUGUUUUAAAAAAACAGUUAUAUAUUCUCCGUCUUGUCCCCUCUGUUUAUAGUUUCUAGAUGCAUAGAUUUUUUAUUUACCUAGAUAUAAAUAUACCUAAAUUUUUUAUGUACCUAGAAUUCUCAAUGACCUAUAAAAUAUAUUUGUUGCCUUUAGCCUCGGUGGUUCAA